AUGGAAAGAUUCAUCGAAAUAGUCGCUCCGUACAAGAAAGAGUGCUUUUUUGUCGAGGAGGCCGGCGAAGGCGGCAUCCCUGUUCUCAAGUCCGAGAGCAAAAAGCGAGAAGUGUUUGUGGUGGCAAAAUACGACGGGGAUAUACCGUGCGUGUACGUGCUAGCCAGCAGCACGAUGCAAAGCGAGAGAGUCGCUGAAGUGGACGGAAAUGUGCUAGGCAUCCACGGCGUGAAGUACUUUAAAGCAAAGACCUUUUUCAAAAAAGACAUGAAAGAGCUGGAAGACGCCGGAAAGGCCUCCAUCAACACGUUCACCCAGCUGUCUCUGGAGUUUGGAAGCGCGGCCUUUACCAGAAAAUUCAAAAAAAGAAAGCAAAUAUCAGAAAUCACAAAGGGCAUAGACAGCAAGAGCGAAAUCCUCAUGCAGACAAUAGCGCCUUCGAGCACUCUCCCAAAGAGCGAGAGCUCCUCGCAGCAGCCUGACUUUCCGGUUAAAAAUACAAAUGCCAGCAGCCCCAUGGAUGUUUACAGCAUACGAGAUGUGCUUGGAUUUGAUCCAUACUCGGUGCUGGAAAACAGCUCCAACAUACAGGAGAACAAAGAGCUGAAUCUGGGGGACGUGGCUGCGAGUGUGCUGGAGAAGAAGCCGCUUACGUAUGCGAAGCACCGGAAUGAGUACGUGUGGGCUGCCGUUUUCGACAGCAUCUGCAAGCUUCUGGCGCUUAACAACAAGAACAAGCUCAGCUACAUAUAUGAGAUUGAAGAGGUUCCGCAGGUGACCCUUAUAAAGCAGCUAGUAUGCAAAUUUAUUGGGCCUAAAGCGAAGGUUGACGCCAAGCUGCACCUAGAAAAAAGGACCAAAAUGGCGCUUGUGACCCGACUUAUGGUGCUUCUUCUCCUGAAGAAUGGAGGGACCAUAGACCUGGCCAACCACAUAAAAUGUCUGUUUGGGUUUGACCUUGCGGUCGUAAGCAAAAUAAUGGCAGGGCUAGGCUGCAAAAAGUCUAAAUCGCUGAAAAUACCAGGCGCGACCAUUAUGAUGUACACGCUUAGAGCGCCCAAGGCCUAG